AUCAAUAUGACCGUUGAACGGUGGCUUGUCUCGGAUAAGAGCUAUCAAGCAGGAACGGGAAUAGGUCUCGUGAGUGGUGCUAAGAUAAUGGAUGUCCCGAAGAAGAAGUACCCGGUCAUGGUCCCAGAGAAGUACGAAGAGUAUGUAGUACCCCAUUUCCCAAUUCGUGACCUUGACCGUGUUAUGGUGAUCGGGAAUCACAUGCGCAAGGUGAGACGGGCUCGGGCCCGACAUCUGGCGCAAGAGGAUCAUCAUCUCAAAGAAACGAAAAUCACGGAAGAGCUCGCCAAUACAAAGAGUACCAUA